AUGGGCUAUGACGGCUACGCCCCGUCUGAAGACCUAGCUGCUUCCACGAAGACGGCAUUGUACGUGCGGCGGGGAGCUACACACGUGCAAUUAGAUACGCAACCAUGGUGCAGCACCACUCUUGGCGUUGUCGGUUGCCGGGUGGAAGUCUCAUCACAGCGUACACUCCUUGUCUUCUGCGUCUACGUGGUGCCCGAGAACACAAGGAAUAAAGCUAAUAAGGCGCCGGUUGAUCUCAGCUUCAUCUCCCACUUUAACAAGCUCUAUCCACAAGACACCAUACUGUUGUGCGGGGACUUCAACUCUCAGCAUGUCGCCUGGGGAUACAACCAAUGUAGCCCGCGCGGCAGGCGCAUCAUGCAAGAUGCCUCGGAGUACAGGCUGACACUUCUCAAUAUGCCCCAAACACACACGAGGCUCGCACAGACAGCUCGCCAAGCAGACACGUCACCAGAUCUUACCUGGAGCACCCGUCCACAGCUAUUUCGGUGGGAGGUGCUGGACGAUUGUAUGGGAAGCGACCACUUUCCGAUACUGAUACAUUUUCGCACAGGCUACGCCAAUACGAAGAAGCCAAACGCCACUACACGGCUAAGUCACAUCACACACUGGGAUAAAUACCGCAAGUUCCUGCAGCAGCAGCCUCCAGCCAAGAACAUUGACCGUCUGGUAUCACAGCUAUGCGCAGCAAAGCGGAAAGCCACGAAGAACCUGAAGGUUCCUUUUGACCAUCUAGAGCCCGACAGACAUCUCCUCAGGCUACGGAUUCUCGCCCAGUACAGACGGUCUGGCUACGCUGCACACCACAAAGCACGGUUGCGCAAAAUACAGCGUACCAUCGAGGAAUAUACGACUACGCUCGCGUCAGACCGCUGGAUGGUAAUUUGUGAAUCCAUCAACGGGCAGACCCACACAUCAAAGGUUUGGGCCAUCCUGCGCUCUCUCCUCGGACAGCGCAAGACCUACAACGGCGCGGCUCGUGUGGCCCUCCGGGAAGGCAUCAGCGCUCAGGAGCUCGCCGAACAGGCCGCUCAAGUGUUUUUCCGGCAGACGUCUCACCCCACAGACACCACGUACCUGAAGUAUGAAAGUUCUGAAGACAGCGAGCCACUGAAUAGUCCCUUCACCAUACUCGAGCUGGAGCACGCCUUGCAGCACGCUAACGCACGUAGUACUCCAGAACGUCCUUUAAUAAAGAGGAGGCAGCUCUACCACUUCCCUCUACCCUAA